AUGGAUUUGGUGGGAGAAUACGUGAAUUCAAAUAAAAUUAAAACGCCCUUUAAAGAUGGAAUACCACACAAAGACUGGUUAACUGCAUUCAUGAGGAGGCAAAACUUAUCAGUAAAAAAGCCGGAAAAUAUUGAGAUAGCUAGAAGGAAAAGUAUAGAUCCGUUCCUUAUUAAUCAGUAUUUCAUCUUAUUGAAAGAGACUGUCGAUAAACUGGGGAUUGCUGAUAAACCUCAAUUAAUUUGGAACUUGGACGAAACGAGCUUUUGCUCCGACCCUUCUAAAACGAAAGUAGUCGGCAAAAAGGGGGCGAAAUCGACACGAACAACUGCUGGUCCAGGUAGAGAAAAUACCACGGUUCUGUUUGCCUGCAGUGCUAGUGGCGUAAAAGCUCCUCCUUUGAUAAUUUUCAAAGGUAAGCAAUUAUGGACGCAUAUGAUAUCUGAUUCAGCAUAUCCUGGCACAACAUACGCUGCAACACCAAAUGGCUGGAUGCAGUCGGCGGAUGUCUUUGAAAGGUACAUAGAGGGAGCAUUUGUUCAGGCAAUUGGAUCGGAGAGACCAGUCCUUCUUGUAUAUGACGGCCAUGUUACACACAUCAGUCUCGCGGUUAUCGAAAAGGCUGAAAAUGCCGGCAUCACGAUAUUAAAACUUCCGCCCCAUAGCAGUCAUGUCCUACAGCCUUUAGAUCUGUCUGUUAUGAAGGCCAUCAAAAAUAAGUGGGAUCCUGACCUGGUGAAAUGGCAAAGGAAAAAUAUAGGUGUAAAGCUCCCGAAAGCCGAAUUUUCAAAAAUGAUUGGCCAAAUAUGGAACGACAUUCCACCAUUGAUUAUUACGAAUGGGUUCAGGAAGGCUGGAAUUUUUCCUAUCGACAACUCGGUGAUUCCUGAAGACAUGUACGAUCCAGAAGCCCUAAAACGGUGGAAGAAUUCAUCUAAUGAAGAACAAGCAGUAACAGAGUCUUCAGCAGCUAUUCCCUCUACAUCUCAUGAUGUACCAGCAAAUUCUUUUGGAAAGCCUUUGGUAAAAGAAACAGUAGCAACAGAACAUCCAGUAGCUAUUCCCUCCACAUCUCACAUUGUACCAGUUACUCCUUUUGAAGAGCAGUUGGUCGAAGAGCCAUCAACUUCUUUUGAAGACCUGCUAUUAUCGCGCAUCAAGAGGGGCUCUACGGAGAAACCGAAGCGGAAGAGAAUCUGUGAAGGAGCAGAAAUAAUAACAUCUGAAGAAGUUAAACAAAAAUUAAUAGAACAAGAAGAAAGCAAAAAGCGAGAGAAACGGAAAAAGAAAACUAAGAAAGGAAAUGAAGAUGAGAAUGAAAAUGAGUCACUGCAUGAAGAUCAGCAUACGGAAAUUGAAUUCGCGGAUUCGUCAGGUGACGAGGACUUAAUAUCAAUGAUUGAACAGUCUAAUCAACUCGAAAUGGACACAAGAUUUCAUGAGAAACGUGUGGAAGACAGGGAAAUUGGAGACUGGGUUCUAGUGCAGUUCUGUACGAAGAAGACCAAAAAGCAUUAUGUUGGAGAAAUAACUUCACUUGGGCUGGAACCUCUGAUCCGUUUCUUGCGCAAAAAGAAGACUUUGCCAUCUGCCACUGUGUUCGUUGCACCUUCUGCAGAAGACGUAAGUGAAGUGCUAGACAGCUCAAUAAUAGCUAUUCUGCCUCCUCCAACUGCAGGUCGUCGCGGGGAAUAUAUAUUUCCCGUACUUUUUGACAGUUAUCAAAUUGAAUGA